CUUCCCCGCCGGGGCGCGGCGGGCGGGACCCGCGGCCAGGGGCCCGCCGGACCAUGCGGCCGCGGCUGGACGCGGCGCUCGGGGGUCGGGCGCCCUGCAGGUCAGCAGUGGAGUAGCGGGAGCCCCAGAGGGCUUGAAGCCUUGACCGUGAUGGCCGAGAAGCGACCGCUGGGCACCUUGGGGCCCGUGAUGUACGGCAAGCUGCCCCGCCUGGAGGCCAGCUCGGGGCCUGGUCACAGCCUGCCCCCCUCGGUUGGGAGCCAGGAGCCCUGCAGCUACAAGGGGGCCUACUUCUCCUGCCCCAUGGGGGGGCCGCCCAAGGCUGGGUCGGAGCGCUUAACUUCCUGGACCCCGUAUCCACCUUUGUACCCUAACGGUGUGGCUGGACCCCCUCUGCGAACGGACAACCUGCUGACCGGCUGCCUGCUGUACCGCUCGCCCCCAGAUGCCUCGGACAAGAGCCAGGAUCCGGGCCCCAUGGAGCUCCUCCCCUUCGGCCCGCAGCCUUCGUCCUACCCGGGCCCCCAGCUGGCGGCCCCCAAGCCUGUUUACCGCAGCCCCCUCUGUUACGGGCUCUCGACUUGUCUGGGCGAAGGGGCAGCGAAGAGGCCGCUGGAUGUUGACUGGACGCUGGUGACGGGGCCCCUGUUGCCCCCCGCCGACCCCCCUUGCUCUCUGACCCCGGCUCCUGGCAAGGGCCAGUCCCUGGAUGGCAGCUUCUUGCGGGGACUGCCCACAGGCACACCGGGCAAAGACCCCUCCUCGGUGGGCUUCCCCUCGUGCCAGGCCUUCCUGGACAAGUAUCACAGCCUCCAGAGCAGCGCCAGCCUUCUCGCUUCCAAGUGUGCCGCGCCAUACCCUGUGGACCCCAAGCAGCUGCUUUCUGAGGGGCCCCCCAGUCCGUGGACCCAGCUGGCCUCACCCCUGGGGCCCGCCUGCCAGGAUGUCCUGCCGGCCCACUACCCCCCGCCCCACCCUGCACAGGCCCUCCCGUACCCCACGGCCUGCCGCCACCCCGAUCGGGGGAGUGGCUGUAGCCCUGCUCUCCCUCUGCAGCCUCUCGGGGGCCACAAAGGGUCGGGGUACCAGGCCUCUGGGCUGGGCGGCCCCUACCUGAGGCCACAGGCACCUCAGACCCCCUACCUGCCUCCCCUGGGACUGGACUCCUACUCCUACUCCUCCGUCCCCUUCCCCUCCCCGUCCCCAGGACUCAAGCUGGAGCCGCCUCUUGCUCCGCGGUGCUCCCUGGACUUGGCCCCCCAGACGCUGGGCUUUCCCUAUGCCCGGGAUGACCUCUCUCUCUACAGCGCGUCCCCGGGGCUCGUGGGGACCUCCCCGUCCCAGAACAGUGUACCAGCAGCACCUCAAUCCAGCGCCUUCCAGCGGGCGGGCCCGGAGCCCCCGAGGCCGGUGGAGAAGCGGCGCCCUGGAGUAGCACCGGAGCGAGAGACGCCGUGGCUGCCCAGCUGCGGGAGAGAGCCGCGCCCGGCCCCCGCCGAUGAACACCCGGGGGCGCCCAUCGUCAUCCGCGACAGCCCCCUCCCGCGCACCCCGCCAGCCCUUGCGCCCUGCGCGCAGGCCCAGGGGCGCCCGGCCCCGCCACCGCCGCCCCCCAGCUCGCCGCCCAUGCCCAUCAUCGACAACGUCUUCAGCCUGGCUCCCUACCGGGACUACCUGGACGUGCAGGCCCCGGAGGGCCCCGCCGAGCCCGGCCCAGCGCCCAGGGAGGACCAGGCCGGGGACUCUGGGGACUGCCUGACCAGCGACGAGACCCCCUCGCGGCCGGCCUGUGCGCUCAAGGAGGAGGGGGCCCUGGAUCUGAGCGUGAAGAAGCCCCCCGUGGAGACGCCGGACCUCAAGGCACCGAGCCCCCACGUGCACGUCAAGCCCCCCGAGGCCAUAGACGUGCCCGGCGUGGACAGCAUGAUGGCACCAGAGCUGCCCGACCUGAAGAAGAUAAGCCCAGAGGCCUCCCGGGGGCCAGGGACCUCCGAGGCCACCCCCAGGACCAACUUCCACAGCUCCGUGGCCUUCAUGUUCCGAAAAUUCAAGAUCCUCCGGCCAGCGCCGGGACCGGGAGCCCCGGUGCCAGACCCGUCCGGGUCCACGCAGACCCCUGGGCCCCCGCAGCCCGCCCCACCCGUCACAGCGGCGCCCCUGGGGCUGCCGGUGCUCACCCAGCCCUUGCCGGUGACCUGCUUCAAUCUGGCUGUGCCCAGCCCCCCGACCCUGGCAGUGACUGCUCCGGCAGUGAUCGCGGCCCCGGCCCCCGCCCCAGCCCCGGCCCCAGCCCCAGCCCCGACCCCCGCGCCACCCCCCUCCACGCCCCCCUCCAGCAUCUCCCCCGAGCAGCGCUUCACCGGGCUGCACGCCUCCCUGUGCGAUGCCAUCUCGGGCUCCGUGGCCCACUCCCCGCCCGAGAAGCUGCGCGAGUGGCUGGACUCGGCGGGGCCCUGGGGCCGGGCGGCGUGGCAGGACGGCCAGGGCGUGCAGGGGCUGCUGGGCAAGCUGCUCUCGCAGCUGCAGAGCUUCCUGUGCACCCAGUGGUGCCCGUUCCCGCACGUGGUGCGCGCCGGGGCGAUCUUCGUGCCCAUCCACCUGGUGAAGGAGCGCCUGUUCCCGCGCCUGGCGCCCGCCUCCGUGGACCACGUGCUGCAGGAGCACCGCGUGGAGCUGCGGCCCACGACGCUGUCGGAGGAGCGCGCGCUGCGGGAGCGCGCCCUGCACGGCUGCACCUCGCGCAUGCUGAAGCUGCUGGCCCUGCGCCAGCUGCCGGACAUCUACCCCGACCUGCUGGGCCUGCAGUGGCGGGACUGCGUGCGCCGCCAGCUGGGUGACAUGGAGCCUGAGACGGGGCCCGUGACCCCGCCAGGGCCCAAAGUGGCCAGAGAGGAGCCAGAGAGCCUGGCUUGGAAGUCACCGGUCCCCAAGGCCAAGAAACCCAGCCGGAAACUACCAACCCCAGUCCCCAAGAAACUGGCAGGGGCUUCCCAAGGCACCUCCCCACCCCCCACCAGCAGCCCACCCGCCCCGACGCUGAAGGCCCGCUUCCGAAGCCUGCUGGAAACCGCCUGGCUCAAUGGCCUGGCACUGCCCACGUGGGGCCACAAGACCCAAGGGCCAGACCGGACUGCUCCCCGUGCUCCCCUGCUGGGCAGCCAGGGUCAUCCUUUGUAGCCCGGGAUGCUGGUGCUGUUCCACAGCUGACUGUCGGAGUCAUUGUACCCCACCCUGGCCUGCCCAGCUCUCCCAGGAUUGGAGGUGGAUCUCCAACUUGCUUGUGUCCACAGCAGAGCUGAAAGUCCCGGAGCUUCGGGCCUGCGGUCCUUGGUGGCUGGGGCUCCAUCCUCGUCUUGAAGCAGAACAUACGGGCCCAAGAGCACCAUGGACGUGGAUGCUGGCUCUGUGUCCCGCUGCGUGGCUGGGCCAGUGUCCCAUCCCCCCAGCUCAGGCCCUUUUGUAAGAUAAGGACAACACAGCCUACCUCAAGGGUGGGGGUGCCGCCCAACACCCCGCUACGGUUUGCUCGCCACACCCGCCCCAGGCCGGCCUGGGUCUCGGCCGGGGCCUGUAGCUUCUAGAAAGUGUGUGCUAGUACUGGUUGGCUUCGUGGGGCUUGGGGUGCAGAGCGUGGCUGGUCCUUGUCAAGGGCCGUGCUUCACAUUCCUGGCACUUGGGGCUCUGCCCCACCUGGAGCUCCCUGGAGAAGCCUGCCACGUCGGGAUCGCCCCUGUACGGCCCAGAAGGACUUCGUUGUGGCCCUCAGCUGCCUGUCCCCCCACUGCAUUCGGCCAAGAGAGCUGCACUUGCAGAAGACCAGCAGGGACGGCAGGGUGGGGCCACAGCCCCAUCUUGGAAGACUCUCGGAUCUACGGACCAGGGACCCUGGCAGAGCCCGGGACUG